GUCCGACCUGGUUGCCGCAUAUAGUUAUCCUAUCUUUGACCUCUCUUUUCGUCUAAAUCCAACUUGGCCCUAACAAGCUACUUCUCCCCAAUCUCUUGUCGGCCUCGGCACUUUGGUGACUUAUCUCCUCCAGUAUCUCCGGCUUCCGUGCUGCGCUGCCCUUCCUCGGCCCUUUCUCGUUCCUCGCCAAAUCACUUUACUACAAACCUGGACACUUUUGGGAAAUCAUCAUUUACUACUACAGUCGAACCAACUAAACCCCUCUUUCUUCCCCGCGGCCAGACGUAGAUGAUCUGUCUGUCUGUCUCUUUGGCUAUAAAAAGAACCCAAGGGAGAUAAACCAUACAAUAUCUAUUAUAAGAGACAGCGGGUCAAACUAAGAGACAGCAUAUCCUAAGCUCACUGUUCACCUCGCAGAUGGGCAAGACAAAGCACUGAGCACAAGUUCGUCAUCUAAGGUAUCUAGUCCUGACCCGCAGUUGGGAGUGAGUCCCUGUCGCCGGCCAUACUUCAACCCACAAGGGGACCAACAACAGAACAAAACAGAUCAGACCAUACCAUACCAGACCAGACAAGUUCUCGCUCCGACGGCCCAGUUGAAUUGGCAAACCGCCGACUCUCGAGUUACACAAGCAUGUUUCAGUUGCUCCAUUACCUGCCUCCAGAAGCUUCCCAUAAGUCAACUGAUAGACGGCUCACAGGCCCUGGGCCGCUGUCUUGUUCUACUCUACGCUCUGCUCUGCCUCUGCCUUCUCUUCUGGCCUUCUCUUCCGCAAUCCUUGGCCGAACUACAUCACUUCUUCUCCCACUUGAGUCAAUCCCAUUGUAUGCAACCUCCCGUUUCCUACUCUCGAUAUCCCAAGUUAUAUUUCUGCAUCCAUUUAUAUCUCCCGCCCCAAUUUGUAAUUCCUUUCUAGUUCCAUUCGCCAUUUCCUUGUCCGUCCUGAUCAAUUUGACUCUAACUUCUUGCGAACAGCGUCUAAGACCACUUCAGUCGGCAUUCCAUUGUUCGUUCCUCUGCAAAAUACAACUAGUGCCGUUCGAUAAUAUGGCUUAAGAUUCAAGCUUGAACCACAGACUUUCACACUCAUCAACGUCAUGUAAAAUUGCCACUCAACAUAGAGACUUGUGCGGAUCGAGAAUUACUUGGAACCUGUGUACUGUGUUUCCUCCCUCCCCUCAUCAUGGAUCAAGAAGCUGGAUCGUCGUCUACAUCUGCGAACCAAAAGGUCCCUGCAAACUCCAACCAGCAGGAUGAAUCAAGAGAAGAGGCAGACCGCAAAAGGAAUAAUAUUCGCAAAAGGACAAAGACCGGAUGUUUAACUUGUCGCAAGCGUCGAAUAAAAUGUGACGAAGGAAGGCCGAUAUGCAACAAUUGUAUCAAAUCAAAGCGCCAUUGCGAGGGCUACAACCAACGUGUUGUCUUCAAGGACCCUAUGGGUGCCAUACAAGGAGGCCCUUUUGGACCUGCUUACUAUCCUCCUGGAUCUGCGCAUCUUGUCCCCCACUUACAAGCGAAGACGUCUCAGGGCCCAUUACCCAUGAUUGCUCCUAAGCCACCUGCUUUUGGAUAUCAUGGACACCAACCGGCACUCUACGGGCAUUAUGCUCAUGCACAAGGAGCCAUGCCUCCAAAUCCCUACGAUUUUAACACCCCAUCAAUGCCUCAUCAAUAUCACCAACCAAAUGGUAUGAUGCCUCCCGAGACUCCGAUGGGUUAUCCAAAGCCGCCCCCUGACGCUCGACAACACUAUGAGGGACCUCCUUUCAAUGGACAAGAUGGUCAGCCCUACGCGGGUAGCAACCAGCUGGGACCUGUUGCCAUUAAGAGAGAAAGGAUGGAGGAGCUGAACCACAGAGUACCUGAACCUGACUUCGACUAUGACGACUAUGAAAUGCCGGAGGAUGAUGCUUCGAUGGGUGAAUCAGACGAUGAGAUUCAAGAUCCUCGCCAAAUUCUUGGACCUGUCAUGAAGCAGUUCAAUGGAACGUGGGACACAAACGGCACACGAGUUCGGACCUUUUCUACCUUUGCUCAAUGCAAUAUUCUCUCUGAUUAUACAGCUACAGCUCGAAUAACCGAACUCAAGGAUCCUGCAAUGCUGCAGAUCUUUAUGCACUUUAUCCAAGUUACCGGUCCAAGCAUGUCAUUGUAUGAAAGACAUCCUUUUGAUCAUACUGGCGAGAACUCGUUCGACCCAACCCCGAAAGGGGCUAAUAAUCUUUGGAGUUACACUUUCCCCGUCAUAUCUUUGAACCACCCCGCGUUGCUUCACUCUAUGCUUGCCUUGGGUGCCUUGCAAAUAGCCAAGCUGCAAAACAUACCAGCCACAGCUGCAAUGAAACACUAUCACCUGGCAAUCCGCCGAAUAGCUCGAAACGUCAACACACCCCUCAGACGAACACAACCUGCAACGGUAGCCGCGACACUGCUGUUGUCGUAUUUUGAGGUGUGGUCGUCAGAUCAUACUAAAUGGUGCAAUCACCUUCUUGGAGCCAGAAUCUUGUUUAGCGAAAUACCCCUAAGACAAAUGUCACGGAAAUAUCUGCCAGUCAAGCGUUACAAGCAGGCAGAAAAAGACGCCCAGAAUCAGAACCAAAUGGACAGCUUCUUCCCGGGUCUGAGUAUCCCCUCUCAGAGCGAACUCAAUGACCUGGAUUACAGCCUGUUGCAGGCAAUUUCGGGCCAGCAUAUAACGGCAGAAGAUUAUGGACUGGGAGAAAAACAACCAAUCGACCUAUCUCAGACAGUGACCGAUAGAGAUAUCGAGCACUAUGAGAACAUCCGAGAUUUAUUCUGGUGGUAUUGCAAAAUGGAUGUGUAUCAGAGCAUGCUGGCAGGUACCAGACUCUUCAUGAACUACGAAUCUUGGUCUCAGUGUCCGCCCAGAGCACCAAUAUCCAAACUUGAAGCUAUAUAUGGAUCGUAUGAUCAUCUGAUGCUUUUACUUGGCAGGCUUGCAGAUUUCUCUUCAAAAGAUGUUUCAAGAAAACGAAAAGCAAGUCUCGCCAGGGGACCUCCUCCUGGAGCCAGUGGCAGUUCACCACCAUCAUUUCCUGGUAUUGUUCCUACGGAUGGAAAGUUCCAUGUCCCAAGAGGCUUUACACCACCUCGUGAGACAUCACCGCAGAGUGACUCUACAGAUGACCAUGAUGCAGACGCAAGCUACCAGGCUGCCCUCAAAGAGUGGGAGUCCAUCAAGCGGGGCUUUGAAGCAUAUGAGAGCAGCCUAGGACCAGAGUUUCAACCACUCAAGCCAGAGUUCUCAGACAAACGGGACUCGCCUUUCGGAAUGACGAUGCAAUAUCGAACGUUUUCUGUUGCUGGAAUCUGGAUGAACUUUUAUAUGGGCAUGAUAAAUCUUGUUCGAUGCCACCCUUCGAUGCCUCCUGCGGCGAUGCAAGCAGCUGGCAUGUCAGCACGACAGACAGGUCCAUAUUCGAACAAACUGGGCAGAAUAGCGGCUGGCUUGUCGGAGGAUGUCUCACAGGCCACGGAGAUCACAACUCUUGUCAGUGCUGCGUUCAUCGAGAGUUGCUUCUGCCUUUUUGUAGCAGCGAUUGAGUACCAGGAUGAGAAACAGCGGCAUUGGGUGAUACGGCACUUACGGGACAUCACUCGAUUGACGGGCUGGCAAUCAGCAGAACGUAUUGCCACUGGAUGCGAAUCCUCUUGGAUCAAGGCGGCGCAGCUUGGUCGCGGUCCUCCGUACCAGCGUGCCCCAGAGACCGAGCCAGUGCCUGUCGCAAGGUGGCAGAACCCACGGCAGAUCGAUCGAUUCAUUCACGAAGUCGAGACAGGCGAAGUUCGUCGUAUCCAAAUACCCAAGGCAGAGCGGGCUUCGCUUGCAAUGGGCCUGCUCAGUGUUGAGCGAGAUCUCGAAUUUCUCGAUCUUAAGGAUGACAAUUAAAGCUGGGUAUAGCAUGAUCUGGCGUGUUAUAUGCUAUGGAUACCAUGUUUCUGGAGCUUUUUAUAAUGCAGCGUAUGCUCUGCUUUUUGGUUAGUGCCUCGAAUAUCAAGUUCAGGUAUCAUUUAGCGAUUUGGAAAACCGGAGAGAAGGGACGGAAGCAAUAUUUACGAUAUUCGUUUGAUUUCAAGAAGCGUUGGAAGUGUAGCGGAACCACAGUUGGCGAGUGACCCUACUACAUUAAUGAUACAUAAUUCCGGCCCUCUUCUUGUGAGGCCCUCAAUGUUUUGGCCGAAAUCUCCGUGAAAACAUCGCCCGAUGAGCUAGCUUGUGGUGGUUUGUAUGCUCGUCAAUAACCCGAGAGUGGGUUUCUCUUGUG